GUCCAGGAGACCGCACGCGCGGCAUUGGAGCCGAGAUUCGUAACAAAGUUUCGUGUUGGAUAAGGGUUUAUUUCCAAAUCGUCGUUGUUGUGUUGGCUACUCUUGGAAGUUGUACGGAGAUUAAAGGUGGAAAAAGCGAAAACCAGUCAUGCAGCGUCUUGCUCCAUUCACUUGUUGCCUGAUUAUUGUGUUCACCAUUUUGAUAGAUGAGGGUAAUGGAAAAUGGAAAAGUAAAAACAGGGAAAAUCUCCAGAAAGACAUCGCCAAGUUUCAGGAAAUGGCGGAAAAGAUUGAAGAUGAAAUAGAAGAUGUUUACGACGAAUAUUCUGACAGCUGGGUCAAUAACGAAGAAUAUUCCACCGAAAAAGAAACUUUCGCACUGGCUGAUAUAGACGACGCUCAUAAUAACAUUUAUAAAAAUAAUGUGAAUAUUCUAAAUUUGAUAAGCAAUUAUACAAACGAUAUCGCUGAAGUCAAAGGUACAGCUGUGUCAGAAAGUACUUCCAAGACGAAAGAGGCACCUAGAAUUGAUACAGUAAAAAUAACUACGACUGAAGAAGCUAAUACAGUUCGCUCAAAAUGGCCAAAGUUUGAAGAUAUUUUGCUGGACAUGGGCAAAAAGUACGAUUGGAAAAAUGACAGAUGGAUUAAAGUGAAAAAGAAAGCCAACCAGUCCAGUGAAGAGAAGCAUUUAGAGACGUUCCACGAGAGACAUUUUAGUUACAAAACUGUGAAAUUAAAUAGAAGUAAAAGUAGGCGGAAUGUCGUGAUAGCCGUAACAGCGGUAAGAUAGGUCGUGCCGAGUUUGUGGAAAAAUCUAGAAUCUAUUUUUAUUAGUCGCUGAGGGACCAAAGCGUCAUCUAGUCGAUAAUGUAAUAUUGAAUCGUAGCAUUCGGAGUUCUAGAAUGAUGGAGCGGCAAAGUGAUCAAUAAAUAACAGUUUUGUGAUGAGAAGUUAGGUUUUCUGUAAUAUUGUUCUUGUUAUCGUAGUCAUGUGCCAUUUGAAACCAGACCCCAUUCUAUUUACAGCUUAAAAUAUUUCACAAUUGCUUCAAAAUCGCAGUAACAAUUUCAAUAUGUUAAGUAGAUCUUUUAUCUCUAAUAUACGGCGUACAUAAACUUGUAACUCUCCAUGUGGAUAUAUGGACAGGGAAAGUGUUAAGAAUUCUUCAAAAAUGUUACACAAUAAAUUAUUA